AUGUCCCAGCAGGAGCGCACCAGGCGGCUCUAUUUGCAAGGUCAAUUAUGUAAUGGUGCUCUUCAUGCCAUGUUCGCAUUGGCAUCUUUGUUCUUGGGUCACGCACAGACGCCCAGUAAAUGGCGUCAACUCGAUGGCAUUUCCGAUAUUGCUCCAAAUGCUCGUUUUCAUGGCCAGGACUGGGCUAAUAACGCCAGCCAUGUCGUAUCCCUCCAAUUGCAUGCUCCGUCCCUUGACACUGUUCGAUCUCUCUCCAAUCUUACCACAUAUUGGUUCGGCGUUGGGCAAUGGGAAAAGUCCCAGGCGAAUGCGAAUAUGGUGAUCCAAGCCACACGAGAUCUACAAUUGCAAAAUUUACAAUUACCGAAAGCUCAAUCUCGUGGUUUGCGAUGGAGCUGCUUCUGGGCUGACAUGAUGUGCCGAUGUUUUGUGCUUGAUGAUAGCUUUGCAAGCUCUAGUCAGAAUAUCGAUAUUUCUGAUAUUACACACACCUCCGAUAGCUUAGAGCCUAUCGGUGAUGAAACCACGGACCACACGUCCGUCUCAUUAGAAACCCACCCAACUGCAGGGCAAGAAGCACUGCUGAAAACCUUGGGUCUCUGGCGUGAGGCUCGAUGGUUCAUUCGCAAUCUUAGGUUCAUCCAUAAUUUUGCACCGGAAGCAGAUCCAGCGGCAUGGUGGGCUGCUCUCUUUGCGCUGGAUAGCAAAGUCACAUCUUGCUACUCAUUAUUUCCCAGCGCACUUCGGGACUUUAAUAGAGGCCGCCCUCAUGAUUCGGCUGAGGCCCCAGAAUUGCUGCUAUCGCUCCAUGCAGUCUAUCAUCAGUGCCGGGCUCUGCCUCAUCUUGCCAUGUUUAUGUUUUUACGACAAACUGCCUCGGCCUCCCCUGAAUAUGUCCACCUUUGCGCUCGGAUUACAGUGUGCCACCUGAAUCUAUUUGCAGACGUUGCAACUAGUUUCAUGUCUUUCGCCUCAUCAAGCGCUUCUUCCAGUCCACCUUUUAUUGCAUAUUGUGCCUUUUUGACAGCAUCCAUCCAUUUGGCCGCCUUGUGCCUCUUCAAGGACUCCACACAAAUCCUUCCUAAAGAUAGCAAAUUUAUGCUCGACUUGUUGAGGAAACGGGCUUUGUCCAGCCUGCUUUUGCUCCAGCGCCUGCAAUCUUACUGGUCUUCUUGCAGGCAAUUGCUCAAUCGUCUCAGUCAGUUAUGCUUCUCUGUAGGAAUAUCAACCGACGAGGUCGAAUCACAUGGCUGCGUCUUGCGAGAAGGAUCCAACUUCUCCACGUCUACCACAGCGAAUGACAGCACUGGAAUUACUCCACGAGCACCAGGACAUGAGGAUCUCGAACUAGUCAUGACUCGCCACCUCGCGAACAUUCUAAAGACGGUCAAUAUCAGCCACCCGUUCUACUUCUCUUUCCAGGACCAGCAAUCCUCACAUCUUACCGCAUGGGAUUCUUCAAGUCAUGAUGACUCCUUUAGUUUCUCGCAUCAGCCCUACGAAGCCGAAGCCGAGCAGGAAAAUUUAGCGUUACUUGACACUCCAGCACCCCUCCAACCGGUUUUCCCGGCUUCCAAAUCUCGGCCUCGCCAUAAACCAAGGACUUGGAUCCCAGCCCGUCCAGUUACGCGCGAUUCUAUGAUGGCAGAGGACUCAAUGUCUUUCCUUAGAAUGAUGGAUAUAUAA